UCAGUCUGGCAUGACUCAGAUAAAUCCUUCCGUGGGCAAACGCCGGGGAAGAACACCCAGUCGGUAUGGCAACAAUGAUUGAGGAAAAUGGCCCAUCGACUCAUGAGCAGCCCGAUGUGUCGUCAUCGUCCCAGGCCAGGCAGAAACUAGAGGGGCUGCUGAACAAGAACAUGAGGAUCCGCAUGACAGACGGCCGGACGCUGGUGGGGCUCUUCCUCUGCACAGACAGGGACUGCAACGUCAUCCUCGGCUCAGCUCAGGAGUUCCUUAAAUCCACAGACACAUUCUCCCAGGGUGAACCCAGAGUUCUGGGCCUGGCCAUGAUCCCCGGCCACCAUGUGGUUUCUAUUGAGGUGGAGGCAGACAGUUUGGAUGAUGCACAGGGGUUCGGAGCAGACCACUGACAGAGCUCUGCCUGUUUGACCAAGGCUCACAAUGAUGAUGACUGGCUCUCAUGCAGCCAGCUGUAAAGGCAGCAGGACCCAGAGAAGAACAUGAUCAGACAGGUUGACUGGAGGACUUUAUCAGUAACGCCUGGACCUCCCACUGUGCUUGUGUCUGCAGUGACAGCUGUAUAAUACAGCAUGUGUUGGACAGCUUGGGCCAACAGGCAGCUUGUGUAGCUGCAUGCGUGUGGAAAAAAUAAUGUUUCAGUGCUGUGUACAGUUAAUAUGUUGUAAAAAUAAAAAAAAACUAUUUGA